CUCUCCGACCUGUCCAUCACGCUUCAUUUUCCAGCUGUCGCAGCUCCAGGUUUGUGUGCGACUCACACCGGACUGGGAGAGACUGACGGGGGUGACGUGCGAUUAUCUGGACAUUUUUUCACGCCGUCGAUUUUUUUUUUUUUAGGAGUCCAAUAUCCUUGUCAUUUCUGUCGUCAGGCUCGAACCUACGAUUUUAAGCUUUAGAUAUCCACAAACCUUAGUCGAAUGCAAAGAAAUGAGUGGAAAAAUCAGCGCGUGGAGUGUAAAUACGGAUCCGGCUAGCUAGCGGGUUAGCCUACCCAAUUAACCUAGUUAGUGCGCUCAGCUAAUUAACUUUUCGCGUUUUGCAGCCUCAAAAUCAAAUGUUUGCACGAUAGUCAGUGUCUUUAAAAGCUCAGAUGGCUGUGUUCUGCCACCUGUCGACGUGUAUUAGAUAGGGAUCCGGCAGCUAAUGGACAGCGUUGCGGUAAAUCUGGGCACUGGGACGGUUAGCUUAGCGAGACAGCUGAAGGCAGCACGAAUGUCGUGGCAGGCUCGUUUGUCCCUCCGGGACUCUAGUUGGUAGUCAUCUCAAAUGAUAAAAACAGAGUUUGAGUAGGUAUAUUAAUAGAGGAGAUAUUUAGUUUUGAGGAAGGUAUUGUUUCCGGCCCGGCCUCCAGUCUCAUUAGUCUUUGGCCUGGUGUGACAGAUCUGUUUGGGUACUUUUUUGCCUUAUCGAUUUAAGUGUACCACAAGGCAUCCUGGUUUCCCUCUCCAGCUCUUUCGUUUCAGUGCAGAAACAACCAAGGCCCUUGAUUCAUAUCUGGGCCCAGUCAUUGUUUUGUUCAUGCGUAAAAAAGGCCUUGAUUGCAUGCUGCAUUUUAAAUAACAUUACCCCCCAAUCACCAGUGCGUCCAUCCCGGUCCUGUUACCCUUUCGACACGCUUGCAAAAGGGAAGCGGAGAGUAGAACUGCGUCAAGAUUAGGGUUGGGAUCUCCAAACGCUGCGGUAAUGACUCUCGAGUCCAUGAUGGCCUGUUGCAUGAGUGAAGAGGCGAAGGAGUCCAAAAGAAUCAACGCCGAGAUCGACAAACAGCUCCGGAGAGACAAACGAGAUGCGAGACGAGAGCUUAAACUCCUAUUACUGGGCACAGGAGAGAGCGGCAAGAGCACGUUCAUCAAACAGAUGCGCAUCAUUCAUGGGACGGGCUACACUGACGAGGACAAACGUGGCUUCACCAAACUUGUCUACCAGAACAUCUUCACCUCCAUGCAGGCCAUGAUCCGUGCCACCGAGCACCUCAAGAUCCCAUUCAAAUACGAAGAAAACAAGUCCAAUGCUCUUCUGGUUCGAGAGGUUGACGUGGAGAAGGUUUGCUCAUUUGACCAGCCCUACAUCAGUGCAAUAAAGAUGCUUUGGACAGAUCCAGGUAUCCAGGAAGCCUACGACCGCAGACGAGAGUACCAGCUCUCUGACUCCACUAAAUAUUACCUUAGCGAUUUAGAGCGUAUAUCGUCUACGGGAUAUGUGCCCAGCCAGCAGGAUGUGCUGAGGGUCCGAGUGCCAACCACUGGCAUCAUAGAGUAUCCCUUUGACCUGGAGAAUAUAAUCUUCAGCUAUCUAAGUGAUUUGGAUCGUAUCGCAGACCCAUCGUAUCUGCCAACUCAGCAAGACGUGCUUAGGGUUCGCAUCCCAACCACAGGGAUUAUUGAAUAUCCCUUCGACUUGCAAAGCAUCAUUUUCAGGAUGGUGGACGUUGGAGGGCAAAGAUCAGAGCGCAGGAAGUGGAUCCACUGCUUUGAGAACGUCACAUCCAUCAUGUUCUUGGUUGCCCUGAGCGAAUAUGACCAGGUCCUCGUGGAGUCUGACAAUGAGAAUCGAAUGGAGGAGAGCAAAGCGCUGUUUCGCACAAUCAUAACCUACCCCUGGUUCCAGAACUCUUCAGUCAUUCUAUUCCUCAACAAGAAGGACCUGCUGGAGGAGAAGAUCAUGUACUCUCACUUGGUGGACUAUUUCCCUGAAUUUGAUGGUCCGCAGAGGGACGCCCAGGCAGGCCGCGAGUUCAUCCUGAAGAUGUUCGUGGACCUGAACCCGGACAGCGAUAAGAUCAUCUACUCGCACUUCACUUGCGCUACAGACACCGAAAACAUCCGCUUCGUCUUCGCAGCGGUCAAGGACACCAUCCUGCAGCACAACCUCAAAGAGUAUAACCUGGUGUGAGAGGGAGAGACCAAAAGAGAGAGAGAGAGAGACACCUGCAGCCCACAUAUGGCUGAAAGCACUACACACUUCUAUGUAUUAGACACAUGCACAAUAAUUGACCGCUUCACCCCAUUAGCCACUGGAUCUUCAUGUUCUUAGUCCUUUUUAUUUGCCUGUUUUUCUCUCUGGAUGAGUUGACUCUUGGCAUACCCCUCCAGUUAAUAGAUGUAUCAUCUUCUCUCCCUUGUUGGUUCUCAGUUUAUCAUGAGGGCUGGGCCAUUUAAGUGGUGCCUAAUGAUAAAUGGCAUUAAUUUGCUUGGUAGAUGGGCUGCAGGUGAGCUCUACCUGAGUGGAACUGAGGUACGAACUUAACGGAAACACUCUGGGUGAAGAUGCACGCAUCCGUAAUGAAGAGUGGGCAAGAUUCUUAAAGGACAUCCUGUGCUCUUCAUUGAGUCUAAACUUCACCUCGUAUCACUGAAUUUAACCAGGUGUAAGUUUAGCCAUUAGAUGCUACGACACUAGAGGAGGUGGAGGCGAUUAGAUUUGAUUUAAUACUAUAUUAGGGGUCAUGUAUAGAGAUUCAAGUUUAUCCAUUACUACUGGCAUACUUUAAAGAGAGAUGAUGCACCACAUGACUUUUUUCUGUAAUACUAGGAAGAUUAAAUGAGUAAUGAAAACCACACCAGUUUUCUAAAUGUCAUUGGAUUUUGUUUUUACAACUCUAACAAAGUUCCUCCUUCCCGAAAUUGUUUGCGACAUUUGCCAGGCUACCCACUUCCUUGUGUUCACAAAUGUUCUCUUCAUGAGGCAUACUGUUUUCUUAAGUUCGAUAUUUGCCAGUAUUGGGUAUAUAAUCAGUACAAUUAAAGGGAUAGAGCUAGUAUGUUAAGAUAUUUACGGAAGGUUGCGAAAGAUUGUGAUUUGUUUACAUGCUUCGUCACAAAUCAAUUUAAUUUUUGGUCUUUGAACAGAGAAAUCAAAAAGGAUUUCCCAGCCAAUUCAUUCAAGUUUCUACACAGUAUAACAUGAAUAUUUGCGUGGAUUUUGUUGUCAGGAGUUUUUGUAGAUGUGGUGAGGAACUUUGAAAUCGGAAUAUCCAGUGAUUCAGAUGUUCAUAAAUAUGUUCGUUCCAUUAAUUCUUUGGGCAGCGCAGUACAAAAGUGCUAUAUAGAGUGAAAUCAAUUUGUUUAUUUAUGUAAUUUAUGGACCAGAUAUAUAAUGAUGUGGAAAAUUGGACUCACUUUUCCGCAUGACCGCACUACAAUGAAAGCGGGGAUUGAGUCUGUACUGCUGUAAAAAAUCCAUUGGCAAGUGAUCUACUUUUGGUAUUUUGUAAUUGAUUGUCACAGUUCUGUUUUUUUUUUUUUUUUUUUUUUUUUUUUUUUUUUUGAAUAUUUGAAAUGCUUAAAUGGGAAGUUGAAUUUCCACUUCAUGAACGUCGCUUUAUGCAAAUAGGAAAUUGAGAAUUUAACUGGUCUCUGCUUGCAUUUUUGUAAUUUGAGAGUUUGCUCUCGGUUUCGUAGUACCUUAUCUUCUUGCUUGAUAGCUGUUUGGAUUCCUUAGUAUGUUUCAUAAAUUUGUUUUGGUUUUUUGGUCUUUACAACGUAAUUCAGGUGAGUUUUCAUACUUUCAUAAGGGCUAAUUUUGGGCGGAGCUGACAGAAUGAAAGGACUCUAUGAAGACUAUAGAGCAAUAGGUACGCUGAAGUGGGUAUAAGAAUUAGGGACAGCGUGGUGACUCCUGCAAUUUCCAUAGGUUCAGCUUGCAAUGCGUCCAGGGAACACCUUGAAAUUAAAGAUAUUUCUGGUCAUGUGAGGUCCUCGCGAUCUUCGGAAUGGAUAAAGUCCUCCUUUUAAAAAAAAAAAAAAAGUGUUAUUCGUUAUCUCAAGUAAGCUAAUGCAUUUGGACUGACUGCUUUCUCCAGAGUACAAUCAAGUUAAUUCAAUAAAUUGAGAGGUUAAGUGUUAACCGCUUUCCUUGGUUGUGAUAAACGGUGUUUGUUUCACAGUUGUGUCGUGCAUGUAUGGUUUUGGGGCCACAACGGUUGAACAUAUUACUCUUGAGGCUCGUUUACUAGUCAUUUUAUGGCACACCGUACAUUUCACUGUUUUUGGACAACUUGAGAGUUUUAUUGCACAUUGGCGCAUGUUCACAGAGGGACUCUGUCUUAUUCUGUUGAAUUGGCUUUGUAUUAUAUCUUGACAAAAUAGAAGCUUGAGAAAAUAUGAAUCUACAUUGAACCUGAGAAGAGACAAAAGCCGCGCUUUUAACAAAAUAUAUGAAACACAGUCAACGUAGUCACUUAUUGACAAAAAAAAUUUCACCAGUUUGUUUUACCUGUUAUUGAAUGUAUUUUACGAAGUUUCUCUAACUGUGACAGUUUGUUCUGUUUGGAAGUGUCGGGUUGCACAUCUUUGAAAGGAUGCAAUUCGUAUGCAUUUUCCCACAAACAUAGCUGUAUAUAUUUGCCGUUCUUUGCAUUUAAAUAAUCACUUAAGCUUUCUUUACAUACAGUAUGCAUUUGAAACUUUACAGUGCAUUUUGCAUUUAUUGUUUUGCCAAAUUGUCAGAACAUCGAAUUCUUAACUGAACAACCCUCCCAUACCAGGCCAGUUAAGCUGCUUUUUUUGGUUUAUUUUUCGUUUCUCAAAUAUCCCAUUGCAUACAGUAAUGUUUCUGGGUGAAUCUUCAUAUUCCAUUUUAAACUGUACGUUUACUUGGAUGGGAUGGUACUGUCAGUUGUCAAUAUGCCAAUUUCGAACUCUUGUUGCAAUUUAAAAGUGGAGGUACUGCAAAUUAUGACGGCAUUUUUGAACGUGUGGAAGUUUGACGCUUGUGUAUAUACAGGCUUUAUUAUUAAGGGCUAGGCCUAAUCUGCACCUGAGAAACUACAAAUUCAUUCAUUCAUUAUCCUGCAGAAAACACUGAAGCUAGUCAUUUUGUACCCAUUAAGUACUGAAGUACAGCAAAAACAUUAGAAUUUGUUGCGCAGAUGGUAAAAAUAGAUUUGAUUUCUGAAGUGCUGUCCAUCAACAUAGUGUUUUUAAGAUUUUUGUCAUUCUCAAAAGUUUGUGGUGAAGGUUGAUAUGUUUUCCUCCCUGGGUCAAUGCACUGAACCUACUCUGCCGUAAGUAAUGGAACUGACUCCACUCCUGUGAUGAAUCUGUUCCUCCAAACUUGUUCCUGGUACUUGGAGAGAUGCAAACACUAAUGAAUAGAAAUUAUGCUUUUGCUUGAGGUCCACACUGUUGUGAUGGAUGCGUACAAUAUGAAGCUAUCUUUUACUUUAUUUUCUGAUGUCGAUGCAUUACCUGAACAAUUGUAUGUAGGACACUUUAAUAUAAUACAUUUGUUUUUGAUAAAACAGGUUAAAAAAUAAACUUGUGUAGUGGUGUAUAAAAUCAAAGUAUUGUAUUACUUUGUAAUGUAUUUCUUGUUCAGUUGGUUGCUCUAUUUUUAUUUUUUUUUAAUUUUUUUUUUUUUAAAAAGCAUACCAAAUGUAAAUGAUGUACUAUAUUGAGUGUGCCAAUCCCUUUGAUUUGUAGAGCCAGACUCUUUACAAGUGCCAAUGUUGUGGAAAUCAUUUAAAAAAGGACUAGUGUAUUUUAUGGUCCGGUUUUUAAAACAAAUAAACAUUAAGUAUGUGAUUAUGGUAAAUAACGCAACAGGAAAAGGACAAUUUUAUUCUGUAUUCAAGAAUAAAGAUGACAAACUGCUGUUUUUAAAAGAAAUUACAUUUUAAUUGCAUGUGGUUGUUUUCGGUGGAGAGGGCUGGGUAAAGGAGAAACUGUAUUAACGUGAAACCCUGCUGACAAGGGGCUUAAUUAUUGUUCAUUACAGUAUUUUAGACAUAUUUCUUUUUUGUAUCUUUCAUUUCAACCACUGUUGCCUGAACCUCAUUCAUACAUGAAAAUGACUUUCAUAGCCUUCUCCUUUAAAGAAAAAAAUAUCAAUUUUAAAUUGGAAUAAACUUUGUUCCUAUA